CUUCUGGACGACGAGCAGCAGCGGAGAGAGAGAGAGAAAGAGAGAGAGAGAGAGAGUCCUCACAAAACGAUAAUUGGACUGUGGAAGCCCGCUAACAGCGUGGAUAUAUGUUUCAGAAAGAUCAGGCAGGGCGGAGGGGCGCAGGGGGGACGCUGAAUAGGACCCACGCCUCUUUUCUAAACUCUCCGGCUGGGCUUUGAAGGAGAAAGUGGAGGUGGUGUGUGUGUGUGUGUGUGUGUGCGUGUAUUUGUGUGUGUGUGCCUGAAUGUGAAUGCCACAGAAAAUUUGAACUAUUUAUGGCAAUCCCCUCUAAAGGCGCGCAUGCACGGGUGCCCAGAAUAAGGGGGAAGAGAAAAGAGUGCGCGCACACACACGCAAGAAGUUCACCCGCAAAAACUGAACCCCAAAACAAUCCUAAUUCUGUUUAGUGCGCAAAGUUGUGCGUGCAUGCGCAAAGACGCGAGAGAGCGUGUUGGAGUUUGUGCGUGUUUUCUUGUUAUGCACCUCUCAGUCCCGCAUAGAGAGUCCAGUUACGCGCACAGACCGAGGAUUUGCGCCUCCUUGUUCCGCUUGUGCGGCCGAUGAUGCGCGCAAAGUGGAAAAUUUUACAAAGUCCCGCAAACGAGCGGCUGUGUGUAAAGAAAUGGCACAGACAGGGACCAGAAUCAGGAUCGGGCAGAGAGAACGUCGCACACUUCACUUUGUGAAUAGAUUUUAUGCACAGUUUGUGUUUUCUCUCGCUCUUCUUUAUUUUAGCUGACCUGUAAAAAACAAAAACAAAAAACAAACCCAAAACAAAACGCGUGACUGUCCACCUGGAAAUGCAUCAGACUGAGUUCGGUGUGGACUUCUAUGAGUCUGUUUCACCUUCUCGUAAAAAACCCCUCUCCUCUCACUGUUUGUUUAGUGCUUCAAGUGGCACGCGUCAGGCGCGCGGCGCACCGGUACCGGGGCAGGAGCCCAAGGUGUAUCCACGCGACCGGAGGGCGUGGCCAGCCCCUCAGCCAGCCGUGUUGAAAAGCAGUGGCGUCUUUCUCCGAGAGCUCAGAGCAGCUUUGAGGAGCGCGAGGCAGCAUCAGCGGAGCUGCAACUGCCCUCCUAACCAAUAGUAGCACCCCCCCCUCCACACUGGAGCAAGUGCGUGACCAGCGGCCACAGCACGUGAACGGCACGAGCGGGACGCGCUCCUGGAAUCUCUGCGAUUCUUUAAAACUUCUGUUUUUUUUUCCCACACGCGGGUAGGGACCUCACGACCAAAAUGGAAAUUAACGCGAGUCAGCAGCAGCAGCUGAUGCCGCCCGCGUGCUUCUUCUCCGCGCAGAGCGUCCAGCUGAGCGCGAGCGGCAGCGGGAAGUCCGCGAGCAAGCAACCGAAGCGUCCGCGCUCCUCCUCCCCGGAGCUGCUGCGCUGCAAGCGGCGGUUGAACUUCGCGGGUUUCGGCUACAGCCUACCGCAGCAGCAGCCGCACGCGGUAGCGCGCAGGAACGAGCGCGAACGCAACCGCGUGAAGCUGGUCAACAACGGCUUCGCCACGCUGCGGGAGCACGUGCCAAACGGCGCCGCCAACAAGAAGAUGAGCAAAGUGGAGACACUGCGCUCCGCCGUGGAGUACAUCCGCGCGCUGCAGCAGCUGCUGGACGAGCACGACGCCGUGAGCGCGGCGUUCCAGGCGGGCGUGCUGUCGCCCGGCAUGUCGCAGGGAUACUCCGCGGACAUGAACUCCAUGGCAGGUUCCCCCGUGUCCUCCUACUCAUCCGACGAGGGCUCCUAUGACCCCCUAAGUCCGGAGGAGCAGGAGCUGCUGGACUUCACAAACUGGUUCUGAAGAGCAUCCGUGCGAGAAAUAUGGAUCAGCUCACUUUAUUGCUCUCCUGGGCUUGGGAUGGUCCCGAGGAGGAGAAGAACAAGAUGGUCCUCCCCGGUCCACCUGACAGUCUCAGCAGGGUCCCGGAGCCUUAACUGAACAUCAGGCCGGAGAUCAGCGCCAAAGGAUUAAAGGAAGACGGGUCUCCCACAUGCAGCGUGGGAAUCCAAACUUUCUGUGUGUCCCCUUGAUAAAAAAAACAAACAAAAACAAAACAAAAACAAAAGAAAAUGACCCUAAAGCGAUUCACGCUCUCAGCACAUUAAAAACUCUUCUAUGCCAACCCCAUCACAGUAGCACCAACUCUCUCUCAGACGCUGACUUCAGAAAAAUGCUUCCAAGUCACGGAUUUAUUCUAUAAAAUUCUAUAUCAAACGCUCUUUUUUUAAGAUAUAUUAAGAUAUUUUUGUAUGUAAGAGAUUUAUAGAUGUUUUGUACACAUCCUUUUGUAUAUAUUUUGUCUAUAUAUUUGCGAAGUCGCUUCUAUACCUCCUGCCUAUGUAGACGUGUAGUCUAUUAUUCUCUGGCUGUUGUGUUCACGAGGUUUCCAGAGGGAGUUUGAUACUCCGAUUUUUUAUCCUAUAGCACCGAUGUGUCUUAUUUAAUAGCAGAACCACGUUAUUGCAUUAUGUCAUGUCACAAUGAUCAAAAACUUAUGCAGCUAUUGUCCAAACAGAGUGCAAUAGCCACGCAUUGUCUCUUUAUACUGCCAGCUCUAUAUCCUCUCCACAUAAGCGGAAAAUAAGAAGUCUUAUAACCAUAUUUUCUACACUCUAGUCUAAAAAUAAAAUGAGAUGCUACUGAAUUACUGUUCAUGUCUUAAUUUUAAAGUGUGUGUGUGUGGUGGUGGUGGUGUGUGUGUGUCGGGGGGGACUGGGUACAGUUUUCCUUGUGUGGCCAUUAAAACCAACAUAAGUAGAUGGAAUACGUGGAGAUAAAAGGGGAGGAACGCACGUUUUACGCACGAUGCAUUUUCUCUUUUCUUGUUUGAAGCUGAGCGCAGAGUGGCUCAACUGAUUCUGUAGCCGCAGGUCUUUUACUAGAGAACUCUCACACCGCUAUCUCUUUCUCCUUUGUAAAACCAGCAAGCACCUUCAACCCAACAGACGCAUUUUUUCACACUCGCAAAACAUGCGUUAAACUCCACUUUGUCCCCAUUUUAAAAACUCCACUUUGUCUCCAUUUGAAAAACACACAUACACCUCCUCCACCACAUUGAUGUCGUGAAAAUAAAAAUACUGCUGUGAUAUUUCUCUUAACAACGUGACCUUAAAAUGAACACACCUCUGCAGCUAAUGAAGCGUCGAGUGAGCUUUUCAAGCUAGUCUUCCUUAGCGUCUGUGCGCACGAAGCGGCUGGAAGGUGGAUCACCCAAGUUGUAGGAUUACAAUGACACUAUUUCCCCCAAUUCAACUCACACCGAGAAAUAUAAUUCAAGUAAACAGGAGGCUUUAAAAUUUGCAGAUGGAGGGCAUGACGUGAGAUUGUGAACUAGAGCUCUGAGGUUUCUGCACAACUGAGUUUGACAGGUAGGGCGGAGGCUGCAGCCGGACGCGUGUCUGGUUUAAUGAGUGAAUGGGGUCUGAAUGGUGGUCGAGUGGAGACACGGAGCUGAAUUGGCUGAUGGCGUGUGCCUCCUGACAGCAGCAUGCCGCUGAACACACAACCACCACCUGGGAGGGGAAACAUCCGUCAGAGUGUGUGGGGUUCAACAUGUUGGUGUUAAUGUGGGUGUUUAUGCAGAAAUGGCGUUAAAUACAUAAAUAAGACACAUUUUAGUGAAAUUCUUUGGAAAAACUCGUGUUUAUUGUAAAUAUGAGCGCACAAAGGAGAGUUCGUGGACCACCAGAGGGCCUGAGAGAGAGGCAGAGGGUCCUCCUGGCUCAU